AUGUCAAAGUAUAAUAACUCGUUUAGUUUUCUAUUGAACACCGAAAAUAUCGAGCCAUUAUUAGAGUUAGUGAACAAGCUUUCUAGAACAGUUGAACAAAAUGCAGAGAUAUUAAAUAGAUUAACUCAUACAAUAGAUAAUGAUUUCAGAUUUCCUGACUUGCCAAUAGAUAUCGAAAAUACUCCACCAAUUGAAAACGAAACAGACCCAUUGAGGCAGCUUUUAAACCAGAAGUAUAAAUUGGAUGACUUUUCUAUCAAGAAUGAAAUUAUUGAUAAAGUAACUAAUCCUCGCAUCAAAGAAUUAUUGUUGGACAAUGAGAAGUUGAAUAGAUUACAAAUUUCGAAAAAGAAGACUAACACUGAAUUGUACGGCAUUGUAAAAGAUUAUGAAAUGUUCAUAUUAGAAACUAUGUUGCCAUCUUUAAGGAGAGAUAUUGAAAUAUAUAGACAGGAAAUUAGUGGAGAUGUGAAAGUAAAGCAGAUACCUUUGAAGUUUGCGGCUUCCGAAAAAUUAUGGUCGAGAUAUGUCACAUACAUAGCUUAUCUUGAUAAACUAAGCAAAUUGUGUAAAAGCCUAAUGCAUAUGCUAGAAGAAACUCAAAACAACAAAGAAGUAUUGAUUAUAGAACAAAAAUUAAUUAGUAUCAAUGAAUUAAAACUAAAUUUACAAAAGCGGUUGGCGAAGUAA